CUCUCUUUUUCUCAUCGGCGUUCCGAUGGCAGAUAUCAUCGGCGGCGAAGUUGUGACGGAGCUCGUAAAGCAGCUCUAUGCGGUAUCUCAAAAAGCCCUCAGAUGCAGAGGCAUCGCCAAAAAUCUCGCCACCAUGAUCGAGGGUCUUCAACCUACGAUCAAGGAGAUUCAAUAUAGCGGCGUCGAGCUCAGCCCUCAUCGUCAGGCUCAACUUCGUAUGUUCUCAGAAACUUUAGACAAGUGUAGGAAGCUCACCGAGAAAGUUCUUAAAUCCAGCCGUUGGAACAUGGUUCGACAGGUCAUCCAUGUUAGGAAAAUGGAGAGUCUCCAGAGUAAAGUCUCUAGCUUUCUUAACGGUCAAUUGCUAGUCCAUGUUCUUGCUGAUGUUCAUCAUGUUCGAGUCGAUACGGGAGUUGGGUUCGAUCGGGUUGAUAGGAAGUUUGAUUGCUUGAAUGAGAUGUUUGGUUCUAUGAAAAUCAGGGGAAGUGAAUCCAUGCGGGAGGCCUUGAAGAUGGAGGAGGCUACCAUGGAGAUGGUGAUGACUGAUGGUGGUGAUUUGGGAGGAAGUUUGGAUUUGGGAAAGAGCAAGGUGAAGGAGAUGUUGUUUAAAUCCAAUGAUGAUGAAAGACUUAUUGGUAUCUCAGGGAUGAGUGGUUCAGGGAAAACCACUCUUGCCAAAGAGCUUGCGCGGGACGAAGAAGUUCGAGGGCACUUUGGGAACAAGGUUUUGUUUCUGACUGUGUCACAAUCUCCCAAUCUUGAGGAGCUGAGAGUCCAUAUAUGGGGAUUUCUUACUAGUUAUGAGGCUGGGGCUGGUGCCACUCUUCCGGAAUCUAUUGGUGAAACACGGAAGCUAGUGAUCCUUGAUGAUGUUUGGACAAGGGAAUCUCUAGACCAGCUCAUGUUCGAUAAUAUUCCUGGAACCACAACUCUUGUGGUCUCACGGUCUAAACUCGCAGAUUCUAGAGCCACUUAUGAUGUAGAGUUACUAAAUGAACAUGAAGCAACGUCUCUGUUCUGUCUCUCUGCUUUCAACCAGAAUUCAGUCCCAUCAGGAUUCAGCAAAAGUUUGGUCAAGCAGGUUGUUGGGGAGUGUAAAGGUCUACCUUUGGCUCUGAAAGUCAUUGGUGCUUCAUUGAAAGAACGACCUGAAAAAUAUUGGGAAGGUGCAGUGGAGAGGCUAUCAAGAGGUGAACCCGCUGAUGAAACUCAUGAGAGUAGAGUGUUUGCUCAAAUCGAAGCAACUCUAGAAAAUCUUGACCCUAAAACCAGAGAGUGUUUCUUGGUUCUGGGUGCUUUCCCUGAAGACAAGAAGAUCCCUCUUGAUGUUCUCAUCAACGUGUUGGUCGAGUUGCAUGAUCUCGAGGAUGCAACUGCUUUUGCUGUUAUUGUUGAUUUAGCAAACAGAAAUCUCCUUACUCUCGUGAAAGAUCCAAGGUUUGGCCAUAUGUACACUAGCUACUAUGAUAUAUUUGUGACGCAGCACGAUGUUCUAAGAGAUGUGGCACUUCGUCUUAGCAACCGUGGGAAAGUAAAUAACAGAGAGCGGUUAUUGAUGCCAAAAAGAGAGUCAAUACUUCCAAGAGAAUGGGAGAGAAACAAUGAUGAGGCAUACAAAGCCAGAGUAGUUUCCAUUCACACAGGAGAAAUUACUGAGAUGGAUUGGUUUGACAUGGAACUCCCUAAGGCUGAAGUUUUGAUACUACACUUCUCUUCUGAAAAGUAUGUGUUGCCUCCUUUCAUUGCUAAGAUGGGCAAGCUUAGGGCGCUCGUGAUCAUCAACAAUGGUAUGUCUCCAGCGCGUCUACAUGACUUCUCCAUCUUUACCAAUUUGGCCAAACUCAAGAGUCUCUGGCUUGAGAGGGUUCAUGUCCCUGAACUCUCUAGCAGUACAGUGCCAUUGCAAAACCUCCACAAGCUGUCUCUCAUCUUCUGCAAGAUCAACACUAGUCUUGAUCAGACAGAAGUAGACAUUGCCCAAAUCUUCCCAAAAUUGUCUGAUCUCACAAUAGAUCAUUGCGAUGAUCUUGUGGAACUACCUUCGACCAUCUGUGGUAUCACCUCUCUCAACUCCAUCAGCAUAACAAAUUGUCCCCGCAUCAAAGAAUUGCCUAAGAACCUCAGUAAGCUAAAAUUCCUUCAGCUUCUGAGGCUAUACGCUUGCCCUGAGCUGCAAUCUCUGCCUGUAGAAAUCUGUGAGCUGCCAAGAUUAAAGUACCUUGACAUCUCUCAAUGUGUCAGCCUGAGUUCUCUUCCGGAAAAGAUAGGAAAGGUUAAGACACUUGAGAAAAUAGACAUGAGGGAAUGCAGCUUAUCAAGCAUACCGAGCUCUGCGGUUUCAUUGACUUCUCUACGCCAUGUAAUAUGCGAUAGAGAGGCUUUGUGGAUGUGGGAAAAGGUCGAGAAGGCGGUUACAGGACUUCGUGUUGAAGCUGCGGAAAAAUCUUUCAGCGUGGAUUGGCUCGACGAGUAGGUUCUUGAUUCUACCUUUGAUCCCUUAGAAGUGUGUUGUAUAAUUAAUUAAUUGCUAAUCUGUUU